AUGUCCGGCUAUGAUAAGGCGGCUCAGGCAGGGCUCCUCGGUGCGUACCAUGUUGACCCGGAUAUUUCUCGCUUCUUUCCUAACGUCUCCUCAGAUUUUCAAUCCUCUGCCAUUCCCAAUCAGAUGUUCUAUGGGUCCUUUCUACAGGCUCCUUACGAUCACCACCCUCUUCUCCAACCUAGCAGCAUUCAAGACCCCGACUUCCAAUUUGCGUCAGGAAACGACUUCGUGUCAGGGAAGAACUACGAGGAUGGCCAGGCCACCAGCAUAGAAGCUUACGAAGAACAACAUUUCAGGCCCUUCGGCGUGCCACAGCAGCGAGUGCCCUCCAACUACAGUGCUCCUGAAAAUCCACGGAAACGUAAAGCACCUAGCCUGGAUGAGUACGACUCCAUUCCGGAACAAAAGAAAGCCACACUGGGCCAAGUUCAAGUCCAAGAUCCCAAUGGUGAAUAUUACGACUUGAGUGGACAGAACUCGCCAUAUUCCCCAUUUGUCCCCACCCCUACUGGCAGUACUGGAUUCCCAGCAUGUGCACACCGUGGCGCAUCUCCCAGGCCCUCUGGUCAUCAGUACUCGACUUCGACAGCAUCUCAAGUUUCCCUGGCCGCUCCUUCGCCUCAUACACCGGCCUUUAGUCCGUCCUUCACAACUGUUAAAAGUGAGCAGAGUCCGGCACCGCCAAUGACCCCACUCCCCCGUCCAAACUCGACAAGCUCUCCCCUGAAAUCAUCAGUGCCCAAGCUUGUGCGGACCUCGACCAUGCAGACCUCGCCGCCGCCCGGUGUUUUUUCGAAUCUGGUCACUGGACAUACCCAGAGCUUCAAUCCAUAUGCCAUGCAUCCUCUUAAAGCCAAUCUCAAGCUAAAGGGCGAUCUGGAUACGAUGAAGGAUAAUUGGACUCCAGAAGAAAAAGAGGCCCGCCGAAGGCUUGUCGAGUUCAAACGCGGCCAAACCAACAGCACUAUCACCGCCGAGUUCAAAGCAGUGGCUCCGCAAGACCGCCAGCCAAGCAGCAUCUGCAUCAGUUGUAUCUGGUGGAAAGAGAAGAACGAGUUCUACGUCACUUCGGUCGACACCAUAUACCUGCUCGAGGCUCUGGUGGGAGUUAGGUUUACCGUGGAAGAAAAGAACCGGAUUCGUCGAAACUUGGAAGGAUUUCGCCCCAUGACCAUCUCGAAAGCUAAAGCCGACAGUGAAGAGUUUUUCAAGGUCAUCAUGGGCUUUCCUCACCCGAAACCCCGGAAUAUCGAAAAGGAUGUCAAGGUUUUCCCGUGGAAGAUCCUGUCGACAGCCUUGAAGAAGAUCAUUUCCAAAUACUCUGCAAGCUACUCAUCGACAGCCGCCUCUCUCCUCACACCCGCUUCGUCAAUUUACUCCAAUGGGGAAGGACUAUCGGACUAUCAGCAUUCGCAGUCACCGCAUCCGGAAUACUACCAGGGUAAUGGUGCUCAGUACCCGAUGAAUGCAGAGAUGGGCUAUAUGCCGGGAUCUAUGCCGAUGCGCAUGCCUGUGUCUGUUGCACCCGCCCCUGUACCUGAAUUGCAGCUGCAGAUGCCGAAUUUCCCACCAAACUACGACAUGAACGGUCAGUAUUGCUAUCAGAGCAUGCCUCAAAUGCAACCAGGGACUAUGGUCAUGGCACAACACCCCAUGAGCGCACCGGUCAGUCGCAUGCCGCCCUGGGAGUUUUCCAAUUUCGUCAACGACGGCACGGUCCCGAUGCCACCGCAAAAUGCGGGUCCUAUUGCCUAUCCUCGCGGCACCAUGGGACCCGUCGAGUUCAUCCCUGCGAUGCAUUAA